UAUCAUCUUUAGAUUGGUGACACAUCAUGGCUGCGGUCCGAUUUGCGCUCACAGCGCUCACGGUGCUUACAGUACUAACAUUCGGUCUGAUUUGUUAGCGUACUCAGAACGCGCUAACAACGAUUUUAUUUCGGACCGCUUGCGAACAUGAUUCACAGGGUACAUAACCUGCGUAAUAGCGAAAAUUUUUAAAUUUUUAUUUUGUAAAAAUGGAUAAGGCAGUGUUACUGCAAGUAAUCGACAUGAGGAUUCGGAUGAUGAUGAUAUAGAGCCUGCAAUUAAAUCAUCUUCAAGUAGCAGCGAUGAAGAUGAAGAAACUGCGAAUUUGCAUAGAACAUUGAUUUUGAGCAAAUAUAGGAAAAAAUUAGAAAGAAGACCUCGAAUUAAAGGAUUUAUUGAAAGAAUUAUCCCAAAGUAUACUGCACAAGAAUUUAAAACACAUUUUCGAUUACUUCCAGCGACUUUUGAUCUUAUUUUAAGGUUGAUAGGACCAGGUUUGAAUUCAACGAAGUACGUUGCAGGUAGGAAGCCUAUUUCAGCACAAAAACAGUUACUGAUGGCUCUAUGAAUGAUGGCUACACCUGACUCGUACAGAUCUGUGUGCACGAAGUUCGACAUAGGAAAAGCAACGGCAAUUCGUGCUAUGAGACGAGUUACAUAUGCUUUGCAUCAAUUAGCUCCACGGUUUAUUAAUUGGCCUCAAGGAAGAAGAGCUACUGAAGUGAUGAUAGCAUUCGAGCGCAUGAGUGGAUUCCCAGGUGUGAUAGGAGCCAUAGAUGGCACCCACGUGGAGAUACGAUCUCCUCAGGACGAUCAGCAUCAAGCCUACAUAAAUAGAAAAGGUUAUCAAUCCAUAUGCAGGCUGUGUGUAUCCAAAAUUUCUUAUUCACAAGCGUUUUUAUUGGUAACGCUGGAUCAAUGCAUGACGCUCGAGUGUUUAGAAUCUCGCCAGUGGCUGGUACUUAGAGCAUCCAGAAAUUUACUUUCCAAAUGACAGUCAUCUUGUUGGUGACGCUGCAUAUGGUAUUCAUCCAAACAUGAUGAUUCCGUUUAAGGAUAAUGGUUAUUUGAGUUAUAGGCAAAAGAACUUCAACUUUUGUCAAUCUUCAGCUCGAAUUAUGAUUGAAAGGGCCUUUGGUAUCUGGAAAGCGCGCUGGAGGAGUGUUUUAGACUGUUUGCCUAUGAUUACAUUACAGAAAAUACCGGAAUAUUUAAUAGCAACUACUGUCUUGCAUAAUAUUUGCAUUUUAAAUAAGGAUUUAAUUGAUACCAAUGUAAUGUCAAGCCAAAACAUUCAGCAUGGUAGAUUGAUAUUAGAUAGAGUGAAUGAUGGCAAUAGAAAAUGACAAAGGAUAAUGAAUAAUUUAAUUAUGAGAUACAAUUAAUGUGCUUUUUUAAAAGUAUAAUAUAUCUUUUUAUUAACCUUUAUAAAUUCUUUAUAAACUAUAAAUAUAUAAAUAUAUGAAUUAAAUUGUUUUAGCCCUAAGGCUUUUUAUUUCUAUGCGCCUGUCCUAGUGUAAUGCUUUUAUAUUUAAACAUAACAUCAGUAUGUGAAUACAUCAGUAUGUGAAUUAGAUUUUUAAACUAAACUUACUAAACGAUAUUAUAUUAAUAAUUUAUAUCUACGAAGCGUAGAGCGACUAAUAUUAUAAUAAUAUCACAUAAGUCAGUACAGUCGUAAAUUGGAACAGGUACAUAAAUUUGUAAGAAAUCAUAAUAAAAAAGCAACUAUA